ACUGUGAAUUCAUUUCAAUAUUGUGUAUUUCCUAACAUACUAAACGUUUGUACCAAAAUGUCGGUACCACCACAAGCAUUUGUUAAUAAAAAUAAGAAACAUUUUCUAGGGAUCCCUGCGCCCUUAGGUUAUGUAGCUGGUGUUGGUCGAGGUGCUACAGGUUUUACGACACGUUCGGAUAUUGGACCGGCUCGAGACGCCAAUGACGUUUCUGAUGAUCGCCAUGCACCCCCAGCGGCAAAACGUAAGAAAACAGAAGAAGAAGAUGAUGACGAAGAUUUAAAUGAUUCCAAUUAUGAUGAAUUUUCUGGAUACAGUGGCUCGUUGUUCUCAAAGGACCCUUAUGACAAAGAUGAUGCAGAGGCAGAUGCAAUAUAUGAAUCUAUUGACAAGAGAAUGGAUGAAAAAAGAAAAGAGUACAGAGAAAAACGCCUCAAAGAAGAUCUGGAGAGAUAUCGUCAGGAGAGACCGAAAAUCCAACAGCAGUUCUCAGACUUAAAGAGAGAACUUAAAGUGGUUUCCGAAGAAGAAUGGGCUGCAAUUCCAGAAGUUGGUGAUGCUAGAAACAGAAAGCAGAGAAAUCCUCGGGCUGAGAAGUUCACUCCGUUACCUGAUAGUGUACUGUCAAGGAAUCUUGGUGGAGAAUCUAGUACAUCUAUAGACCCAGGAUCGGGUCUUGCUUCAAUGAUGCCUGGUGUUGCAACACCUGGAAUGCUUACACCUUCAGGUGACUUGGAUUUGAGAAAGAUUGGUCAAGCACGAAACACACUGAUGACUGUAAAAUUAUCUCAAGUAUCUGACUCUGUCACCGGACAGACGGUUGUCGAUCCCAAAGGAUAUUUAACAGACUUGCAAUCUAUGAUACCAACUUACGGUGGUGAUAUCAAUGACAUUAAAAAGGCCCGUCUCUUGCUGAAAUCUGUUAGAGAAACUAAUCCAAAUCAUCCUCCAGCUUGGAUUGCUAGUGCCCGUCUGGAGGAAGUAACAGGCAAAGUGCAAUCCGCCCGUAACUUGAUAAUGAAGGGUUGCGAAGUGAAUCCGAGUAGUGAGGAGUUAUGGCUGGAAGCAGCUCGUCUGCAGCCGCGUGACACAGCGCGGGCCGUCAUUGCCCACGCCGCGAGGAACCUGCCUCACAGCGUCAGAAUAUGGGUCAAAGCUGCUGACUUGGAGCAGGAGACUAAGGCGAAACGUCGUGUUUACCGCAAAGCUUUAGAACACAUACCAAACUCGGUUCGUCUUUGGAAAGCAGCAGUUGAAUUGGAGAAUCCAGAGGACGCUCGUAUUCUGCUAUCGCGUGCAGUAGAAUGCUGCCCGAGUAGUGUGGAACUCUGGCUUGCUUUAGCUAGAUUGGAAACAUAUGAGAAUGCCAGAAAAGUAUUGAAUAAGGCCCGCGAGAACAUACCAACGGACAGACAGAUUUGGGUGACUGCGUCUAAAUUAGAAGAGGCUCAUGGCAAUACUCACAUGGUGGAGAAGAUCGUAGACCGUGCGAUAACAUCUCUCAGCGCGAACGGUGUUGAGAUUAACAGAGAACACUGGUUUAAGGAAGCAAUGGAAGCUGAAAAGUCAGGAGCGGUCCAUACUUGCCAGGCUAUCAUACGAGCAGUUAUUGGACACGGAAUCGAUCCAGAGGACCAGAAACAUACAUGGAUGGAAGAUGCAGAAGCUUGUGCGCACGAAGGUGCGUACGAGUGCGCACGCGCAAUAUACGGGUACGCACUGUCAGUGUUCCCGUCGAAGAAAUCAAUAUGGCUGCGCGCCGCGUACCUGGAGAAGCAGCAUGGCAGCCGCGCCAGCCUCGAGUCGCUGCUGCAGCGCGCCGUCGCACACUGCCCCAAAUCAGAGGUGCUCUGGCUCAUGGGGGCCAAGUCUAAGUGGUUGGCCGGCGACGUGCCCGCUGCGAGAGGUAUAUUGUCGUUAGCUUUCCAAGCCAACCCCAACUCGGAGGAGAUCUGGCUUGCUGCCGUCAAGUUGGAGAGUGAGAACAAAGAGUAUGACAGAGCGAGACGACUUCUCGCUAAAGCGAGAGCUUCCGCACCGACACCAAGGGUAAUGAUAAAAUCAGCUAAAUUAGAAUGGGCGCUGAACAAUUUGCAAGAAGCGCUAAAUCUGCUGGAUGAAGCGAUCAAAGUGUUCAGUGACUACGCCAAGCUGCACAUGAUGAAAGGACAGAUUGAAGAACAAAUGGGCAGAGACGAUGAUGCGCAUAAUACUUAUUCUCAAGGAUUAAAGAAAUGUGCAACAAGUGUACCAAUGUGGAUUUUGCUCUCAAGACUUGAAGAGAAACUAAAACACGUCACAAAGGCGAGAUCUGUACUCGAAAAAGCACGUCUGAGAAACCCAAAGAACCCAGAAUUAUGGUUGGAGAGUGUAAGAUUGGAGAGGAGAAACGGUAGUGUGGACAUAGCUAAUGCAGUUAUGGCGAAGGCUUUACAGGAAUGUCCCAACGCGGGCCGGCUCUGGGCGGAGGCUAUAUUCAUGGAGUCUAGACCUCAGAGGAAAACUAAGAGUGUGGACGCAUUAAAGAAGUGCGAGCACGACGCUCACGUGCUGCUGGCUGUGUCACAGCUCUUCUGGACUGAGAGGAAACUCAACAAGUGCCGCGAGUGGUUUAACCGUACGGUAAAGAUUGAUCCCGAUUUAGGUGAUGCUUGGGCGUUUUUCUACAAGUUUGAGCUAUUACACGGUACAGAGCAACAGCAAGAAGACGUGAAGAGCCGUUGUAAAGCCGCGGAACCUCACCACGGCGAGUUCUGGUGCCGCAUCUCCAAAGACAUCGCUAACUGGUGCUACAGCACCGAACAGAUACUACUCUUAGUGGCGAAAGACCUUCCCGUGCCUACGUAGUGCUUACAGAUUGGACAAGGUGGGAUAUAACCAGUAUAUCUUGGUCUCUUCAGUAAAGUAGUUAAUUUUAUUUUUAUGUUUUAAUGAUUGUUUAUUUUGAGAUGUGGACAAAAUGAAUGAAGUGAACGAUUUUGUAAGCAAACAGGCAAAUAAAGAGAUGUGUAUAAUUAUUAACAAAUCUGUUCAGUUAUAAUACUA